UGAUAACAAAAAACCAAAAUCAAAAAAAAAAAAAACAAAAAACAAUAAAAACAACAAAAACAUCGAUACGAGCGAGAAAAUCAAUUUGAUGGGCGAACCGCCACGUGGACUACCGCAGACCGUGCGCGGUUAUUAUCUGCAGGUAUAUGGAGCUACCCUCGCCUUCAUAGUUGUGUCCGUGGCGAUGGUGCAUAUCGUUGGCCAGGCGCGUGCCGAUCCUGCGGAACGGGACAAUAUUGCCGCCGCGGUAUUCUUUGUGCUCGCCUUUGUCUCAUUCUGCAUCUAUGUGAACGUGAUGUGGCUGCGUCGCCACUUUCCAUACAACUGGGCUUCCUGCUGUGCCAUAGCCCUGAUGCUUAUCCUGGGCAAUGCCUUUAUACUGAUCGGACAAGAUGAGGAAGAUCUGCUUGUGGUACUGGAAAUCAUUUGUCUGAUGGCGCUCUUUCUGCUGCUCGGAUCUUGGGUUCCCUCGCGUUUCUCCGCGUUCCUAUUCAUGGGAUUCGUUUGGCUAAUCGUGACGGUCCUGACGAUCUCGAUCCUAUUGAUUAUAUGGGCUUGCAAUGAGGGUGACAACGAUUUGCCCCUUUACAUUGUCCAUUGCGUUUUGUGGUGUUUCAUGUGCCCAAUGCUGAUGUUUGAGGGCCAAGUGAUCAACGGCCUUCUCUGGAAUUUUAAGCCAAUUUUCGAUAUUCCGAUCUGUUCGGUCCUGUUGCUGAUCAAUUAUUUGGCCUGCUAUGCAUAUGUGGAUGCCACCCAAGACAUUAUAUUUGCCUUAGAAAUAGCAUCCUCCUCCAAUAAGCGAGUCCUGGCCCGCGGAUUUGCCAAUAUGUAGAGCAAGCGGAUCGAAGGUCCAGUCGCCAGUUUUAAUCUUAACCCACAAACAUAUCAUUCAAAUCUAGCUAGUGAAUAUUUGUCGUCACAAUUGUAACAUGUUAUUAAAGCCAUACCAAAAACUGGUUCAAGAAUAAACAUAAAUGCUACACGGCGAUAGAGCA